AUGGCCUCAGAACAAGUUAAAACUCCCGGCAGCAAGCCAGGAGAGAACAUGCUAUGGGGAGGACGCUUUACUGGCGGUCUUGACCCCCUCAUGGUCUCGUACAAUGAGUCAAUCUACUUCGAUCGUGCAUUCCAUACGCAGGAUAUUUUGGGCAGCAUCGCUUGGGCUCGUGCAAAUCACAACGCUGGCAUCCUCACUGCAGACGAGUUCUCCAAGAUUGAGUCGGGUCUGAAGGCUGUUGAGGCGGAAUGGGUCGCAGGAACUUUCGAAAUCAUUCCGGGAGUUGACGAGGACAUACAUACUGCAAAUGAGAGAAGAUUGGGAGAGAUCAUUGGCAAGGAUAUUGGCGGAAAGCUUCACACUGGCCGAAGCCGAAAUGAACAAGUAGCUACGGACAUGCGACUGUGGUUGAGGGAUGAGCUGAGGGCAAUUGAGAGUCAUUUGGUUGAUUUCUUAAAGGUCAUGACUGCUCGAGCAGAGGCGGAGGUGGAUGUCAUCAUGCCUGGCUACACCCAUCUUCAACGUGCGCAACCCAUCCGCUGGAGCCACUGGAUCUUGUCCUAUGCUAUGGCAUUUGCUCAAGAUCUGGAGAGACUUCGUGAAGUUAUUGUUCGUGUGAAUCAAAGUCCCCUUGGUGCCGGAGCCCUUGCUGGAAAUUGCUUUGGUGUAGAUAGACAAGCCAUGGCUGAUGAGCUUGGCUUCGAUGGUCUGUUGUGGAAUUCUAUGGGGGCGGUUUCAUCUCGCGACUUUGUCGUAGAGGCUAUGCAAUGGGGCAGUUUCCUGGGUCUACAUAUCUCCAGGUGGGCAGAGGAUCUGAUCAUCUAUUCAACCGGAGAGUUCAAGUUCAUCAAGUUGGCAGACGCCUACUCGACGGGAAGCUCCUUGAUGCCUCAAAAGAAGAAUCCAGACAGCUUAGAGCUGCUGAGAGGAAAAAGCGGCAGAAUUUUCGGACAAAUGGCUGGCCUAAUGAUGACCGUUAAAGGUAUCCCCAGUACCUACAACAAGGAUCUCCAGGAGAGUGUGGAGCCCAUGCUUGACCACGUGAAGACAGUCAGUGACAGCAUUCAAAUUGCCACUGGAGUCCUCUCUACCGCAAACAUCAACCCUGAAGCUAUGAAAGCUUCUCUCGACCCGUUUAUGCUCGCAACUGACAUUGCCGACUAUCUCGUCAAGCUUGGCGUUCCCUUCCGCGAGACCCAUCACAUUUCCGGUCAAUGCGUUGCCCACAGUGAGAAGACCGGAGUUUCCAUGGACCAAAUGAAGUUCUCCGAUUUUAAGAAUAUCGACUCCCGAUUCAAGGAAGACAUCGUGGAUAUCUUCAACUACGAGCACAGUGUCGAGAUGCACUCUGCUCUCGGCGGAACCUCCAAGAAUAGCGUGUUGGAGCAGAUUGCUAUCUUGAAGAAGAUUUUGCACUCUAGGGGUGCAUCGUGCGCCCAAACUACGAAACCUUUCGCGAGAACUCGCGCAAGAAGAGUUGGCGGAAUUUUAGUAGAUCUAAAGAAUAAAGCGUCUUCAGACAAGAAAAAGAAAUAUUCGGGGAUCUCAAACAAUAUGCUGCGGGUACACCCUGGGGGUGAAACAAAAUCAAGUGAGCUCCGAUUGCUACGAAUCAUCAAGGUUAUUGGCGCAUCUAAAGCACAUUUACCGAUAAAUUCGAUAUCAAUUCGGCUAUCCUACUACUUGCAAGAUCGAAAAGAAACCGAACUCGAAGCCGAAGCCGAAGCAACAGACCAUGACCACGAAUCCUGGGCUGAUAGGGCUCGAAGAUACCACCAAGGAUUUGUUUCUUCUGCUGAUGAGCCGAAUCUCGAUGCAGACUCUGGAAAGAAACAAAAUACGGCAGAUUGCGGAGCCACUGUAGAAAACACCGAUUUGAGGAUGCCGGGACAGUAUCCAUCAACGUGCCCUUCCAGCCUUCUCCUGACCCAGGAGAAGCCGGGAGGUUCGAUGCCCGUACCACAAGAAUCGGAAUCAAAAUUUCCCGGUGAAUCUGGGACGGUUCUUUUUGCUAUCGUGGAACACAGUACUUGUACGGAGGAAUUGAAGCCUAGACCGAUGGAUGCUCGACAGUACUACGAAGCCCACAUCGAAGCCAGUUUUCUGGUAGAGAAGUAUUUCUCAAUGGAGGGUUUGAACUACAUGGGCCGUGGUCCUUUUGCUAAGAUGUUGGAUGUCAUAGAGACAGAUCUCGAAGAUCUAAGUACCAGAGCCAAGACAGCGGAGAUUUUGGAAGGAAAACUUUACAAAUCAGCGAAAAUCCACGAGGAAGCAGUAAAGAAUCUGAAAGCGUCUUACGAGAAAGAAAUUUCGGAUCUCAGAGUUCAAGUUGAUAAGAAUCUGAAGGAUGCCAGAGAGGAGCUGAAAAAAUCUUACAUGAGGGACCUUUCAGAAUACAAGUCCAAGGCAGACGAGGAGCUGAGAUUGGAACGAGGAACUCUCAAGAGAUCACUGGGUCUGAAAAUAUAUGGCCUGGAGACACAAUUAGCGUCUGAGGAGACCAACCGGGAGAAGGAUCUGACAGCCAGCAACAGGCGGUACGGACAGUUAUCAUCUCAGCUGACCAAGUCACAAAAGGAUGCCAGCACUUGGGAGACUAGGUACAACGAACGACCUUUUCGAGAAGUCGAAUAUUAUCUGAAGGUCGAGCUCAAGAAGACGGCAGGUGAGAAAAAUGCCAAGAUCCUCGCGCUGGAGCAAAACAUCGCUGUCAUCAGAUCCAAGCGAACAAACCAUCAGGUCGAGGAAGACAAGAUCAGUAGAGCCACACUCCUUGAGACGCAAGCCAAAUUGGCUCAGGCCAAGUCGAGGCUUGAGGCACAGAAGACUGAGCUGGUCGAGGCUUGGAACCUUGUCAAUGCAGCCCGCUCCAAUCUCAUAGAAAACUAUGAUCAUAUCGCAAGUCUCGAAGACCAGCUUGCCGCGGCAUUGCAUGAUCUCAGAGUAGCCGAAGGACAGAGCCAUAGGUAUGUGGAUCAGAUAAGAGAGAGAACAGAAGAGUGCGAGAAGCUUAGACGAGACGUACGAGGUCUGGCUAUGAUCAUGCAAUCCAACGCACAGCAGGCCGGGGCUCUGGCUGAUCGUACCGUCAACCGUCAGCACGCUCGAUAG